AUGGGAAAUAAAUGUAGCUGCGUGGAAAUAAGCAACGACAAACUGAAGGUAUUGAACAGUGAAGCGUACUUAAGGAUACAAGACUUGGAAAAAGCAAAAUUUGGAGAAAAUCUAGAAACAAAUAUAACAAAUGAAAAUAAUGAAGAAGAAUACUUUUAUCGUUUUGAAAAAAAAAAUUUUCUGAACGAGUCAGGUAAAAAACAUAAUGAAGAGGUUACAAAUGGGAAAACAGAGAGCAAUUACGAAAGUAAUAUGGAAAAAGAUUGCAUUAUUAAUGUUAAAAGAAUAUUAAUGUAUAUAAAAGAGCAUGAAGGAGAUUUUUUAAUGUUUUUUAAAGAGAGAAAUGCAACGAGUUUAAUUUUUUUAAAGUACAUAAUUAUGAAUUACACAACAUAUAUUAUGUAUAUCCAUAUGGGUGUAAUAUAUAUUGGGGAAGUUAGCGAGAGUAAUGAAAAAAAUGGACUAGGUAUUAUUAUAACACCUGACCAGUGCAUAUAUAUAGGAGAGUUUGAAAAUGACAAGAUAACUGGUUUUGGACUAUAUGUGCAUUUUUCAAAAAGUAAAUAUAUAGGUUAUUGGAAAAGAGGAAAAGCAAAUAAUUAUGGUAUUUUUCUUCAUCCUGAUGGUACUUUUUAUAAAGGUUUAUGGUUAAAUGAUAAACAAAAUAAGAAAGGAAUUGAAUAUGUAAAUAGUAAUUAUGUAUUUUUAGGAAAUUAUGAGAAAGGGGGAAAAAAUGGAUUUGGGGCAUUUAUAUGGAAUAAUGAAAGUAUGUACAUAGGUAAUAUAAAAAAAAAUUUUUUUUUUAAAAGAGGUAUUUAUUUUUUAAAUAAAAAUAAAAUAUAUAUAGGCAAAUGGAAAUAUAAUUGUAUUCAAGGAAAAUGUGAAAUAUUUUGGGUAGACAAAAGACAAUUUUUUGGUUAUCACAAUAAUAAUAUUAAAGAAGGGAUAGGAAUAUAUAAAUGGAAUGAUGGCAGAAUUUAUUUUGGGAACUGGUCAAAUAAUAAGCAACAUGGAUAUGGUAUUUUUAUUUUAAUUAGACAUUAUAAAGAUUAUGAACAAUAUAUUAAUAAUCCUUUUUUUCUUUUUUUUAAAAGUACCCAAAAAAUUAAAAAAGAUUUUUUAGUAAAUCUCUCUAAAGAGGCUUUUUUUGAUAACGGAAAAGCUAAGCAUAUACUUGAAAAUAUUCUAAAAAAAUGUGAUACUUAUGAUUUUUAUAAAUUCCUGCUUAUAUUGUUAUAUGUCAAUUAUUACCACACAUGUUCCACUUAUUUUGACUUUAUUAAAAAAAAAAGGUUAAACAGCUUUAAAUUUAACUAUAAAUUUUAUGAACACAUUAAAUUCCAUAUGUGCUCUACUACGAAUGACUACUUGUCUGAGCAUGACCUGUCCGAGGAGACACUUGCAGAGAAAGCGGCAGGUAAAGCAGCGAACGAACCUGCAGAUGAAGCACUAACACAGGGAAGGUGCAACAAAGGGGACAGUUGGCAUAAUAAGGGCACGGGUGCCAAUACAGGUUCGAGUAAAAGCCCACAACCCAUUGAUACAACCAAUGAGAAAACAAAUGCAGUAUAUAUGGAAAGGAACGAAUUUGAGGAUAUAGAACUUUUACAAAAUUAUUUGAAUUCAGUUAAUUUAAGUUAUUUGAGUGAAAAUGAUAUAAGUAUAUAUAGCCCUCUAUUUUCCUAUGCUUCAAGUAAUAUUAUUCUCAAGUAUGGAAAAUGGAAAAAUGGGAAAUUAAAAAAAUGGAUUUACGCGACUGAUAAUUCUAUGUACGAAUCUGUAGGCUGUUUAGAUAAUAUACAAAAUGAGCAUGCAGAAUUUUCAAAUAAGAAAAAUAAUAACCCGUCUAAUAUGUUUUCUAAUAAAAAUUACAAUGUUAUUAAUAAUUUCCUGAAUAACUUGUCCUCUUCCGCCAUAAGUAACAUAUAUAGGCAAAAAAAAAGGAAAAAGCAAAAAAAAAGAAAAAAACAAAAAAACGACCAACAUUUUUACGGGUCAAGGGGGGAAGAACCAAUUGGUGAGGGGAUAAAACACAAGGGAAAAAGAACAAGGAAAGAGGGGGAUCAAGACAUCGAACAAUGUGCAAGAGAUCAUAUUAGUUUAGAAGGUAACGUAGACGUUGUUGAGGAUAAAGCGUGUAUUUUGGAGAUGAAGAGCGUAUACACAACAGAUGAAAGGGAAGGAGACGAAGGGCAAGAGGACGAUGGGGAGGAAGAAUCGGACAAAUCGGACAAAUUGGAUAAAUUAGAUAAAUCGGAUGAAUCGGAUGAAUCGCAUGAAUCGCAUGAAUCGCAUGAAUCAGAUGAAUCGCAUGAAUCGCAUGAAUCAGAUGAAUCAGAUGAAUCGCAUGAAUCGGAUGAGGGCGGAGAGAAUGAACGAAGGGAACCGUUCGAGCGGGAUGAAGAGAAGCCCCCCCAUAUAUGGAAACCCUUUGCUUAUGACACAAACGCAGAUUCAAACAUACCAAUGCAUGCAAAGAAUUUAAUUAAGCAUAAUAAAAGCUUUAUAUAUGACGAGAAAACGGGUAGGAAAGGAACGAAUAGUAGAAAAACAAGUGAACAUUUAAUAUCCACUUGUUCAAAUACUUCAAGCAAUAUUAUUUCCAAAAAAGGGAAUAAUAUCUCAUCUUCUCUUCUUUUGGGAACAAAUGAGAAUAUCAGUAAUUCAUCAUCUGGAAGAGAGAAGAAUGGACAUAAUAUUUUUAAUGAAGAGAAGAGUUACAAAUAUACAAAAUUUUCGAAUACCUUGAAUAAUAAGAGUAACCAAUUAGAUGAUAAAAUUUUCAAAAAAAAAAAAAAAUUAAAAAUAAAAAAAAAGGAGUUUGUAAACAACUUUAUCACAAAUAAAACAUUAAACCAGAAUAGUGAUGUCAAGGAAUACAACUACAAAAAUGUUGAAAAUAUUUAUAAUGGAAUGAAUAAGGAGCAAGGGAAAAAAAAAAAUAAAAAGGGAGGAGAAGGAAAAGAAAUAAAAAAAAAAGUUUCAUCAAAGAGUGGAAGGAGAGUUCAUGAAGCCAACUCAUCACCUGGAGCUAUCAAAAGGGAGAAGAAAACAAUGGAAAAAGUGUAUCAAGGAAAAAAGGCUGAACGAAGUUCUAAUAGGUACAACCGUGAUAAUAGUGGAAGCAGCGUUGACAUUAAUAACAUAGGAAAUAAUGACUAUGGAAGUAAUAAAGUAGGAAAUAAUUACUGUGCGAGUAAUAACGUAGGAAGUAAUGACUACGGGAGUAAUGAUAAACGAAACUACCAUUCCAUUACGUCCCAUAAUUACGAUUUGCCGAAAAAAGGCUUUUCACUAAUAUGGAGUUUGAAAAAGAUGAAAAAUUCGCACCUUUCCGCAAAUGAGCAUAUAACAUUCGAAGCUCCAGAAAAUUAUAAUUACGACCAUAGUAAUACUUUGGAUGAAGGUCAAAAAAAGAAAAAGUCCUUUUUUAGGAGCAUUUUAGGAGUCAAGAGGGAUAAAAAGAAGAGCCAAUAA